AAACAUUCUCAAAGGGAGUUGUCAAAAAGUAUAUCCAAAACAGGUGUGGUUUUUCAGGUCCACGUUUAGAGCCAAUGCAUAUAAUCAGACAAGACUAAACACGAUUUGAGGUUUGGCUUGUGUUUACUCAGAGCUGUUAGUAAUUAGACAAAUUAUGAACCUGUUUUUUUUUUUCAACAAAAAUUAAUUGUGAAAGUCAGUAGCAACCUGGGGUGUGCAUUUUUUACAUAUUUUACAAGAUGGUGAUUUUUGUAUGAAUUCAUAUGACGUGAGCAACGUAAGCACGAAGGUCCAUAUUUAAACCCGUCAGAGGGGCGUAAUCUAUCUAUCAUGGGUGUAAAGGUACAUGUAUUCAUCCCGAACCGAACGGUGUGGACGUCACGGUUCGGUUCAUGCAGUUAGACGAUGAAUACGGUCAGUCACAGGCGAUCUACACUCCAAUCCAAGGGGGCGCGUGUGGUAAUGCAACACUGUUUGCUAACCGCCACAACAGGAAAAAGAGCAGAAGAAGAACAGCACACAUACGAAUGACCGCUUGAAAACAGUUCCUCUAGAUGGUUGCGUACGCGUUGAAUGCGUCUUUCUGCGCUCACGGACAAAGGAGUAUACUUUGAAAGGCUUGCGCACUCAACUGUAUGCGAAAUGGAGCGGACCACGGAAAAUUAAGUAUAGGAGGGCUUAAGCUUUGAAUGUUUAAAAUUAGUUUGAGUGGAGCAAAUUGUAACACUUCCAAUGCACACGUUUUAUUUUUCAUUCUGUUUAUUUUGUACUUUUAUAACAUGAUAUGCUUUUCAGUUUUGUAGCAGAUUGUGACCAAAUACCUUUUGUUUUUUAUCGGCCCUGGAAAAAAAAAGACCUAUGCAAGAGUGCAUUCUGUUGCUUAAUACUAAUACAAACUACUUCAGUGAAUGGGAUUUGCGCUACUGUCUGUUAUGAAAAUAAAUGAAAAGAAACCUAGCACUGUGGAUUUGUUGCUUUUUCCGGUAACACUUUAGUUUAUGGUCUAAUUCUUAACUAACUAGUUGCUUAGCAUGCAUAGUACUAAGAUAUUGGCUGUUUAUUAGUACUUAUAAAGCACAUAUUAAUGCUUUAUUCUGCAUGACCUUAUACUACAUCCCUUAAUCCUACCCUCAUUUUUCUUGAAACCCUCCCAAACAACUUGGGAGGUGCUGUGUGAAUUUUUAUUUUAUUUUAUUUUUUAGGUUUUCUGACCACAAGACUCAACUAAUCUUUGCAGUUCUCCAUCUGUGAUCCUUGGAGAGUCUUUGGCCACUCAAACUUUCCUCCUCACCGCGCAUUAGGACAAUAUAGACACACGUCAUCCUUUAGGCAGAUUUGUAACAUCUUUAGUUGAUUGGAACUUCUUAAUUAUUGCCCUGAUGGUGAAAAUGGGGAUUUUCAAUGCUUUAGCUAUUUUCUUACAGCCACUUUAUAUUUUGUGAAGCUCAACAGUCUUUUGCUGCACAUCAGAACUAUAUUCUUUGGUUUUUCUCAUUGUGAUGGAUGAUUAAGGGAAUUUAGCCUUUCUGUUUACACAUAUUUAUACUCCUGUGAAACAGGAAGUCACGGCUGGAUAAUUUCAUGUUCCUAGUCACCCUGGUGUGCUAAAAAUGUAAAUAUGGAUGGGAAUAUACUUUAGAGAUAUUUUACUCAUAAGAAUUUCUAAGGGUACCAUUAAUUGUGUCCAACGUGUAUACAAACAACAAAAAGGUUUUUUUUUUUUUUUAUUUAUGACACAAAAUACUCGUAAUAAUGUGAAGCUAUUUCACCAGUACACAUAUACAUUUUUUAGUGCUCUUUUUUUUUUUAUUAAUUUGGACUGCCAGAUGGUUUCUCAAGUUAUCUAGCUCUAUACACCUCACACAAUAGUCAAAGAAUAUCAAAUGUCUGGUUUUCUUUUUGCUUCUUUUUAUGUUAGAACUCCGCCCAAGGUUUGCGGCUAUAUAAAACCCUGACAAUUAAAACUCAGACACUUUGCACAAUCAUCCAUGAAGUGACCUGUGUCCGGCAACAAUGGCAUCUCAAGGCAUCCAGAUCAUGGGUAUCAUGCUUGCCAUGGUAGGCUGGUUGGGGGCCAUCUUCACCUGUGGCAUGCCAAUGUGGAGGGUCACGGCUUUUGUUGGAGCAAACAUCGUCACAGCACAAAUCAUCUGGGAGGGUUUGUGGAUGAGCUGUGUCGUGCAGAGCACUGGACAGAUGCAGUGUAAGGUCUAUGACUCCAUGUUGGCUCUAUCACAAGAUCUGCAGGCUUCCAGAGCCAUGGUUGUCAUCUCCAUCAUGGCAGGUGUCUUUGGAUUCCUGAUGGCUGUGGUUGGAGGAAAGUGUACCAACUGCUUGGAGGACGAAACAGCCAAAGCGAGAGCAUGCAUCGUCUCAGGUGUGGUUUUAAUUAUCGCUAGCUUUCUCCUCCUGAUACCUGUGUGCUGGUCUGCACACACUCUUAUCAGGGAUUUCUACAACCCUUUAGUAACAGCAUCCCAGCGGCGGGAGCUGGGAGCCUGUCUCUACAUAGGCUUGGGAUCUGGGGGCCUCUUGUUGCUGGGUGGUGGGCUUCUUUGUUGGAAUUGCCCUUCCAAUGACAACGGGCCCUACACGGCAGCCAAACACGCCCAUAUAAGAUCUGUGACCCCAGCAAUGGAUUACGUGUGAGAAAAUGAGCAUAACCUGAAGAUAUGUGGCAAGUACU